AUGUAUCUGACCACAGCUAACCGAAUAAGUAGAGUCAGCGAGUUGUUGGCGCCUGCAGAGCUCUUAGUUUAUCCGCCGACAUCGGCUAAUCCAAUCAAAAACCAUUUAGCCGCAAAAAUCACUAUAGAGAUCACCUUCGUAACUAUUACAAGGAAGCCAUCGGGGGCUCAGAAGACGGAGAAAGGCACAUAUAGCAUUGGAGAUGUGAGAAGUGUCUCGGACAUAGGGGUUCUCAAUCACAAGACUGUAGUAGCUGUGGGGAAGCGGCCGGGCUCAACGGAGACAAACCUGGGUGCUGCUGACACGAAAGCGCUGACUCUGGCGGGAUUGAAAGAAGAGGGAUGGAAGGAUACUACUGUAGAAGGAUUGGUGGGGCAGGAUGGUGGGGUCUUUAUCGUGGUAUAUGGUAUCCUGGCGUUGAGUUUUCCGAAUACGGAAACUGCAGGCAUACUCACACUAAUUGUUGACUUCUCUUUAUUGUUCAAUUGA